AUGUCGCUAGAAUUGUCCCUAGAUGAGAUUAUACGACAAGAACGUCCGGAAAAGCGUCUAGGUCGCUCAAACAGGAUUGAAAAGAAAGACUCUCGACCGAAACCAAGAAGACGCGGUGCUGGAAGAAGACGUGAUUAUUAUGAGGAUGAUACGCAGCGCUGGGAGCAUGAUUUAAGUCAGGAUCGGAUCGAAUCGCGUCCUAGAAGGAUUGAACGCGUCAAAAGAGACGCUACUAGUCUUGUAUCAGUGGACAAUAUUCACUACGAAGUAUCUGAAGAAGAACUCAAGACGGUAUUCGACAGAGUUGCUCCCGUAAAAAAUGUGUCGAUGAAAUUCGAUCGUGCUGGUCGUUCCGAGGGCCGAUGCACCAUCGCUUUUGAAAAAGAGGAAGAUGCGAAGCUGGCUGUGGCAGAACUGAACGGUUUUAUGUUGCGAGAUCGAGGUUUGCAUGUCGAGUUACUCGCAUCUCGACGACCCACACUUUUGGAUCGUAUUGAGGGAGAUCGUAUUCCUUUGCCAAUCUCAACAAAACGUUCUCGGCGCCGUACACGCGUCCAUAGUGCUCGGCCUCCCAAAACAACUGAAGAGUUAGAUCGAGAAUUGGAUGAGUACCUUCGGAAUGGUCAGCAGCCGACCCCGAUUACAGAUCAAGAAGGCUCAGCUAUGGAAGUUGAAAAUGACUAG